AUGGCGAACCAGCCCCCGCCGUCCUUCGACAACCAGCCUUACUUCAACCCCUCACUCACAAACAUAUACUCCCACUACAGCCCCGUGUCCUAUCAGGACCAACCAGCAAUCGGCGAUGACGCUCCGCCGUCGCAGCCCUUAAGGCUUUCCUUCCCUCCCCCGAUGACUGCUACCAGAUAUGCUGAAUAUGCUGGAGGCAUUGCACAAUCCGGUGCACCGACCCAGAACAAUACUGCGAUGUCCGGGACUCGCAUAACCCACUGGCAAACGGCCCCCGUCUACGAAGUAAACUCUUCGCAAAGAUCUGGUUUCCCGAAUGGGAUCAACACCAUCUUGCCGCCGCAGCCGGCCAUGCCAGUCUGGCAGCCGCCGCACGCUAGCCUCCAUGAAUAUUCCACAGUGCCUGCAUACAGGACGAAUGCUCUUCUCCAAAUGCACCAGGGCAGCAACCUCGCCUUCAACGCGGAAACUCGUGUUGAUACUGUCGCUCACUGGGACGGGAGCCCUGCUGCGUACCCCACGCCCUCGCACGAUCCCCUCUAUCACCAUCUGCUGGGCUUGAUAUCGGGAAACUAUGGGCUCCAAGGGCCCCUCGAUGCUCUGCCCUUUGUCCCCCCCGACCAGGGUAUAUUCACUGCGCCAUCGCCGGCCAACGGUGGGAUGUACGAAGUCGCGGGGUAUGUUCAUCCUCAGCCGGUGCUCCCCGAAGGGUACCUGGCGGCGGCGAUGAGUGCUUGGAACUCAGAUCGCGAGUGGAUCAUCCACCAAAGGCCAUACCCGCGUGGCCGGUAUGAAGACAUACGCCCAGUGGCCCCCGCGAUCAUCAACGUCCUCGUUUCCGAUGCUGUUUCUAUGCAACGGCUUGCGGAACCUGGUGUCCUGGAGAGGUAUCAAGAUUCAGCCUUCCCAGACCUAGCACGAACAGAAAAAAAGUUUUGCGUCCGAUUCGAGUUUGAAAAUCUCGAGCCCAACAAACAUCCCGUUCAAUUCAACGAAUACUACAAACCCGAAGGGCCAUCGCUGAACGGGAAGCAGGUCGCGGGGAGACGUUCGCGUCGGGUGCCCCUCUCCAGGGCGGGACUCACCAGAAUAGUGGCGGCGCAGCUGCGUAUGUUCUUGCAGAGUUUGCAGCUCCCUAGACAACUGGUGUUUAAGGGUCGCCCCGUCAACAUCGACCACCUCGUCAUCGUCGAGAUUCGUCGUCCUUCUGCAGGAAGCGUCCAGCCGGAGCUCAUGAUUCACCGCAACUUUCGGCAUCUCUACGCUGCUGGUUCCGACGCCCUGUAG